UGGUAAAAGCUGGCUGGGUUGACAAUUGGGAGUAGUGUGUGUGUGUGUGUGUGUGGCUGCAAACCUCCUCCCCUGAGUCUGUCCUAUCCAUUAAUUCAUCAGUGGAUCACAGGGAACAAUUCAGCUGCUGCAAAGACAAAGGCUGUGGGGGAUUACAAAUUGACUUUUCCAGGCAUUAGAAUGAAAUUGAGCUGCCCAAAAAGAGGCGUGGUGGCUUCUCUACAGGACUGAAUCAGAAACUGUCAUCCCUGCAAGAGCUGCCUCACAUGGAUGUCAUGGAGGAAGGAUUGUGGAAGCUGCCUGGGAGCUGUAAAAGAAAACUGGACGCGUUGCAGUAACUGACAGCGAGUGCCUAGUAUUUUGUCCCAGCCGGCUCUCCGUGAGGGAGAUGGGAGAGAGCGUGUCAAAGCGACUGAGGCUGCAGCUCGGAGGGGAGGCGGAGAUGGAGGAACGUGCCUUCCUCAACCCUUUUCCGGACUAUCGGCCGCCACAGCCUGCACUCGGCACCGGGGCUGAACAGGAAAAUCUGGAAGAAGAUGAGGAAGCUCUGGGGGAGCUGGACCUGCCUUUUGACAGGGAAGGGAAGAUCAGAAGUAGCUUUUCACGGCGCUUGCAGACAAAAAUUAGUGAUUUACUUCAGCAAAUGGAAGAAGGCCUGAAGACUGCUGACCCACAUGACUGCUCUGCUUAUACAGGAUAUACAGGCAUAGCCCUGCUGUACCUACAGUUGUACCGUGUUACAAAGGAACAAAGCCACUUGCAACGCUCACUUGACUAUGUGAAACGAAUCCUUCGGAACCUGAAUGGAAGGAGAGUCAGCUUCCUAUGUGGUGAUGCUGGUCCCCUCGCUGUGAGUGCUGUUGUGCACCACAAGCUGAACAAUGAGGCUGAAUCAAAGGAAUGCAUUGCAAAGCUGCUGCAGCUUCAGAGAGGAGUGGUUAGCACAGACACAGACCUUCCAGAUGAGUUAUUGUAUGGUAGAGCUGGCUACCUGUAUGCUUUACUCUAUGUAAAUAAUGAGAUAAGCCCAGACACAGUACCCCCGGCUUCUAUCAAAGAGGUUGUAGAUGCCAUCAUUGAAUCUGGGAAAAACUUGUCAAAAGAAGAGCACAAAACAGAACGCUGCCCUCUACUGUACCAAUGGCACAAGAAGCAGUAUGUUGGGGCAGCACAUGGCCUAGCUGGAAUCUACUACAUGCUUAUGCAGCCUUCGUCAAACGUGGAUGUAGAAACACUAAGUGACCUGGUAAAGCCAUGCAUAGACUAUGUGCGGCACAAAAAAUUCAGGUCUGGCAAUUACCCGUCCUCUUUAAGCAAUGAAACAGACCGACUGGUGCACUGGUGCCAUGGAGCACCUGGCGUUAUCCACAUGCUUCUCCACGCACACAAAGUUUUUAAAGAAGAUAAAUACUUGAAAGAUGCCGUGGAAUGCAGCGAAGUCAUCUGGCAAAGAGGCCUCCUGAGAAAGGGCUAUGGAAUUUGUCACGGUACAUCCGGAAAUGGAUAUGCUUUCCUAUCGCUCUACAACCACACCCAAGACAAGAAAUAUCUGUAUAGAGCUUGCAGGUUUGCUGAGUGGUGCUUAGAGUAUGGAAAACAUGGAUGCCGCAUCCCCGAUAGACCAUAUUCUCUAUUUGAAGGAAUGGCUGGUGCAAUCCACUUCCUUUCCGACAUGUUGACACCUGAGACUUCGCGCUUCCCAGCAUUUGAACUCUGAUCUCUUGGUGGCAGACAGCACAGAGGGAUAUAUUUAUGUGCCAUUCCGGGAGGCAAGAAUUAAAGGCAUGCCAUUAUGCCUAGUGCCUACAACACACUGUGUCAACUCUAAACGUCACCACGUUUGGGUGAAUUCUAUAUUGUGACUUGCAAUGAACGUCAUUGUACAUGUUGGCAUACCUUAUAUAACUUGCCCUGUGAUUUCCCCAAGAGGAUUAGGUUUCCAUGCUUGUUGCACACGCCUUUUCAUCCAUGUCUAUUUGUAACACAGCUACUGCACAAAUUGUGUGUACUUGCCUAUAGUCUGAGUGGCACAAACAAUACAGGAUUAUCAAUUGCUUUUCUUUAGGGUACAGUCAUAUAUCUGUUCAUAUGGAAUACAUUUCUGUUUCACUGUUACAGUACAAAUGCUUCAUCCUGCAAUUUUCCAUCUUACAGCACUGGAAUAGUGACAUUCAAUUUCCUCAGUAAUGGGUCAUUAACUUUUGUUAAAAACAAAAGAACCAAAUUAAAGGUAAGUAAGGAUUUUGUAGAGAAAAAUGCAAAGCUAACAUUAAAUCUGUUUUUCUUUUCCUUUGUUUUUAUUGUGUUCUUCAUAGCUGCCUGUAUCUUAACUUAAGCCAGUGAAAAUACUGAAUUAGUUCCUAACAAAUGUUGUACUUUCACACCCCCAAAAGAAUGACUAAGAGGUAUCCAUACCAUUGUAGGCUUUUGGCAAUGUUAAUCUUACAUCAGCGCAGUGGCACUGGUCUUGCUGAGUAAGGAUUAAGACACACGGAGCUACUACCAGCAGCUACUUGUCAUGGCUACAGAAAUCGGCAAUGCUGAUCAUUUACUGAUAAUUGCCUCUAUGUGUGUUUUAGCAGAGGCAAUUCCCAGUAUUGUCUAUGGCAGGUAUUUUCUGGCGUUUAGUAGUCUUUACAAGUAGCUGCUACUAAGUAGCUCAGUGUCUUUGCUCUAUGGGGAUACAAACAAUGUCAAAGUCAUGACAAUUUAUACCUACAAAAAAUGAAUAAUUCCACUCCUGUUUAUAAUGACUAAAAGUAUUUACAUAGUAGGAAUGCCCUCUAUACACAAUGGGCACAUCCUAUGUUUUCUAGAUUGACUGUAACAUAAAAUCUUCUUUACAGACAUUUGCCAUAUUUCCCUUAAAUCAGUUUUUCUUUGUGUUGUAUUGCUGACAAGGUAUGAGAUGUACCACAUGUGUAUGAAUGGUUUUGCUUGUCUCUGUUUGCAAGAUCUGAUUGGUGAUCACUUUGAAUGACAGGUAUAUGUAUACUGCUGCGAAAAAUGAAAUAUCGAAUUCAUUGUCUUAAAUGUAUUUCAACUUGUGCAAGAAAGUUUGUUCUUUUUUUGUUUUACCACCAAUGCUGUGGACAUAUUAUUAAAAUGUCUAAAAGUU